AUGGAAACCGUCCCUCAGGGCUCCCCCGCGCCGAGAAGGACGCGAGCGCGAGCAGCGGGCGUUUCCCUCCCACCGCCGCCCCGUCUCGGGCCCGCCGCGGGCUUGCUCCCGCUUCUCCCCGGACGGCGGUUUCUCCGCGACGCUGCGGGGCCGCGGCUGCCGGGCCGAGCGCUCGGGACGCGGCGCAGGGGGCGGGAGGUUCGAGAGGGCUCCGGAGACUCGCGGGGUGGCGCGAGCACGGUGGCUCCUGCCUCUGCGACCCUCCGACUCGUCAGGGUCCGCGCGGGAAGCGCGGGCCGCGGCCUGACCAACGGCCCCUCCGCGGACGGCCGGCCCCGAGCUGCUCUCCGCGGCGCUCGCGUGGCUCUCCCGGCCCGGGGCCCGCGGCGCGCACACGGCCCACCUCUUCCCGGCAAGGGCGGCGCGCGCGGGGUCACCGCCGGCGGAGGUCACGUGCGGAGCCGGCGACUCCCCCACCGGAGGGUUCACCGGGCGCUGGGCCCGGGACGCCCUAAGCCGGCACUUGCCCUCGGAGCUCCGUCUUAACGCGUGUCCUGCGGUGGAGGAGGUUUUACUCCCCAGGCCGGAAGCCUGUUCUGCAGAGUGUGCGGGAGGUGUCCUCUCCGGCGGUCACGACCUCUGCAGAAAGUACAGCUUUCAGCACUGAAUAGAGGACCAUUCAGGACUUUGCUGACCAGUUUCCACCUCUGAACUUAAUUGAUGUAUGUUUAUGAUUUUCCUUUUGAAUUGUUUUUACUGACUUGACCUAGGCAUAUCAUAACUUCCAAGGAUUGCUAGAAUUUGCCUCAAAAAUAGUAUGCAUGAAGACACUGCCCUGCCUUCCGAGAGCCUCGUGUAUUUUCCAGCUGGAACCGACAGUCUCCAUCCUUUCUCUUUUCCUAGCUUCCCUUUCUCCCUUUCUCCACUUCCCCCUCCCUUCUUUCUCUCCAUUCAUCAAGCACAUUAUUAACAUCUACUGUGUCCCAGCCAGAAAGUGAAGGUAUCAAUUUAGCAAAUAUAACGCAGAACUGAAGAAAAGGCUCUUUCACAGGCAGCCAUGGGAAUAAGGGGGAAAGAAGUAGGUUCUGUCAACUGUUGGUUUUAGGAGAGCAAAGUGUGGGUCCUAGAGGGCUUUUAAAAAGGAGUAGGGAUGAUAUCACAUGAAUGAUAAUUAAAAAUGAGUGGGCUUGGGGAAGUAAGAUUCACCAGACUUACACCCAACAGAUGGAAAACGAGUUUGGAAGUUUUGAAUAUUCCUAAUGAAAAUUCAUAGUAGGACAAAAUAAUAUAAUUUGCUCUUUGCUGGGCAUUUUAUAAAAGGAGUUGGCAAAUCGGGCAGGAGUUGGUAAAAUGAAGUGAUUAUUUGGAAUUAGCAUAAUGAGAGGAUGUUCUUAAAAGUCACCAGGUGACUGCCAUACUACUUAGUGAGUGCUCAGUUUUCAGACCUCGUCUAACCCUGCCUCGCAGCAGCAUUUCACAUCAGUGAUCGCAUCCUUGAUGGACGUUGUUCACUUAGCUUUCAUGACAUCCCACUUCCUUCAGUUUCUUCCUGUUUCCCUGAUGGUUUUUCACCCUCUUCCUGGUUCCUCCUUACCCUGGCCCUCUUCUCUGUGUACACUCACUCCCCAUAAGACUUUUAGUUCUGUAUGCAGAGAGUUCACACAUGCCUGUCUCCAGGCGAGUCUGCUCUCCUGAACUGCAGAAUUCACACGUGCCUACCUGAUAUCUCCACCUUGUACCCGCAUAGACCAGCUCAAACUCUGUAUGAGCCAAACAGUUCCUGAUCUUCACUUCCCCAGAUCUGCUGUACCACGCCACUGACAGCCUUCCCCGUCCCUAGUUGUGGAGGCCAACACUUCAUUCACUUGAUUUUUUCUUUCAUUCAUACUUUCAUUCAAAUCAUCUUGGCUCAGCCAUCAAGACAUAUUCAGAAUUUCACCAUUCUGCCUACUUCUACUGCUACCCUACUGGUCCAAGCCACCAUUUAAAAUGUAAGUCAGAUCUGUCCUUCCUCUGCUCAGUACCUUCCAGUGGAUCUCUUCUCAAAGUAAAAGUCAAGGUCCUUCCAGUGGCUCCCAACACUCUACUGAUCCAACCCCAUGACCGCUGCCUUCUUCCAUCAAGUCCUCCCUCUCUCCUGUUUCUCGGCUAGUGGUCUCCACCCCUCUGGUGCAUGCAGGAAUGACCCUGACUCAGGGCCUCUGCUGUAUCCAUUCCCCCAGCAUGGUGGGAUUCCCUUCUAAACACUUGCCAACACUGUCACCUCCAAGUUUUUGCGUAGAUCUCUUCUGUGAGGCCAACUCUGACAAUGCUGUGUACUGCCUCUCCCAGCCCACCCUUAGAUUCCUGAUCUCCAUUACCCUGUUCUACCUCGCCCCACUACAGCAUGUAUCAACUUCUCCCAUAUCAUGUAACUUACAGUAAAUUUUUCCAGUAACAUAAAAUGUAUUAUUUGCUCCAGGGGUACAGGUCCAUGAUUUGUCAGCUUUCACCAUAGCACAUACCCUCCCCCAUGUCCAUACCCCAGCCACCCUAUC